AUGCCUGCCGCAGUGCCAAUCCUGAACCCACGAAUGCAUGGGGGAGACGCAUUCAGCUUUCGGGGCAACUCGGGGACGCGGAUGGGCGCUGGGGACAUGCCCUUUACGGGGGGAACGCCCGGGAACUGGUCGGGAACACCCAUGUCGCUUGGAUUCGGAAUGGGAACCUCGUUCAAGCCAGAGUCGCUGAAUAAUCUCGGUACGGGCACAAGCUGGAAAGCUGACAGCGCUAUGCCUGGUGUCGCUCCAGGCACAUCAUUUGUCCCAGGCUCGUUCAGUGGCAUGGGUUCCAGCUGGAAAGUCGGCCAGAAUGGACAUAUGUAUUUCUUAUCAGAUGUUCCUGGAGGUCCGCUCAUGGGUCCUAUGGACGUAUCUGACUUUAAGCAUCAUCUGUCGUCAUCCAUCGAGUCUGAGCAUGGCCGGCUCAUUCGAUCUCUGGGAGGGGACGAGCCCAAUGUCUUGGGGGGCGAUGAAUUUUGCCGGAAUUAUACAUGCUGCGGCAUUCCCCUCCCUGACUUGCAUUCCCUCGUUGAGCAUUUUGAAGAGGCUCAUGUCGUCGUCAUCGACCCUGCCAACCCCGCCCCUCCGUUCGACCAAAAUGGAGCACUCGCUGCGUUGAACAAAAAUAAUUCCAAUUCCAAUUCAGGACAAGCUAAUAAUAACAAUCACAAUCAUGACCACGGUGUAUUUCCUAUUUCUCCCAAUACCCAGCCGACGACAGCCGCGCCGGGUGGGUUCGAUCCCGAUUCGAUGGAAUUGGACAGCAGCCCUGCGACGGCGGAUUCGUCCUCGCGAUCCACCACUCCCCCUCGAGCGGUUUUCCCGACUGCAAUCCUCCAAGGCCAUGGCUCCAAGUCCUCGAAUGCAAAUGGCCAGACAAAGCCUACCACUUUGAUGCCGUUCCGACCAACAAGCAUGCAAUCGGUGCAGCCCAACCCCAACGAGGCUUUCAACCGCUAUGCGGGCUACUCGGAUUUUUCCAGUCGGAUGCCUGGGACUGUCCCCCCUGUGCCGACGGCAUCUGCGACAGAUACUAAUAACGCUUCCGAUGAUCACGUCAUCUCGCCUGGAAUGCUAUUUGAACGUGGACGCAAGAGCAGUCGAGAUGGCACACCCGGGACGAGUCGACUGACCAGUCCUGGACCCGUUGCCGGCAUCACUGUCUCUGGUAACCCACAUGGCACAGGAUCACCUGACGGCACUGAAGGGAGAGGGUGGGAUAGCACCAUGUCGUCUCAGGCACCAUCCCCAACGGCGUCUGAGCUCGCUGAGUACUUUGGACAAAGCGGGGAGCAGAAUGGGAACGGAGAUGGACUGCAGGCUUCAACUACACUUUCGAGACCUUCGACAUCGUUGAUGUUAUCGAAACCUUACAAGUGUCCGACGCCGGGGUGCAACAAAUCAUACAAGCAGGCCAACGGACUAAAAUACCACAUUACACAUGGCCAGUGUUCUUUCGUCCCUAUGGACCCACGACUCGAGGGUCUGGAAGAGGAAGAUUAUGAGCGGAUUACUCGUCCAUAUGAUUGCCGAGUGGGCAAUUGCACUCGGAGGUACAAGAAUAUGAAUGGACUACGGUACCACUACCAGCAUUCCGGUGCACAUGGUGCGGUUGGGCUGGCGCUACUCGCUUCGGGUCAGCACCACCUCCAGACCGGGACGAACGCAGGCAAGGGCCUCGGAUCGCUUACGAACCUAACGACGCUGAGCAAUGGGCGAAGUAAUAUUGACAUCAAUGGGAACAAGAUUCCUGGACCGCCAAAGCGCAAAGGUGAUCCUCAGGCCCCACAUAAUCCACAUGUCGACGCUCAGUUGGCGAUGGGUAUACUAGGCAUGAACCUUCGUCCGCCAUACAAUGUAGUUCCCUAUGGAGGUGGCCCACCGCCGGCCAGCGACCACCGAACGGUAGAUGUGCAAAACUUCCCGAUGGAUGUCUAG